UCGUCAAGGGAAAGGACGUCAAGUUCAGUGUUGAUGACUUUGAGGCUGUGGGGACGACAGCAUGGGAAGGGGUCCGCAAUUUCGAAGCAAGAAAUCUGAUGAAAGAAAUGUCAAUUGGAGACAAGGUGUUGUUCUAUCACUCAAACUGUAAGAAUCCUGGCGUUGCAGGUUUUGCGGAGGUGUGCAAAGAAGCGUAUCCAGACUACACUGCGUGGGACAGUUCCCACCCUUACUACGAUCCAAAAACGAACAAGGAGGUACCAAAGUGGUUCAUGGUAGAUGUGAAGCUCCUUUCGCGCGCUCCGCACUUUGUGUCCUUAUCCUUGUUGCGUCGCGUCGCUGGUGUAUCGUCACAUGAUGCUCUGGAAGAAAUUGCGUAUGUGGGAUCAGAUGGGCUAAGAGCCAUUAAAGAAAUGGCACUUCUGAAUCGUGGCCGUCUGAGCGUCCAGAGGGUAUCUGAAGCAUGUUGGAGCGUCAUUGAAGAGAUGGCCAAAAGAGGUGGUUGGGAAGAUGUGUCCUCUUCUCACAAGGCCAAGGCAAAGUUUACUAAAAGUGACCACACCAGGAAAACGGCGGAAAAGGACGCACGAGAAGAUGUUAAGGAUGGAAUUAGGGGGAGUACUGAAUCAAAUGUGCCUGGAUUGGGAAGCCCUGGUGUAACGAGUGGGAGGAGAGGACGCAAAAGGAAAGAAUCGGAUGGAGAUGCGAUCAACGCUCGUCGCAAAUCCGCGAGAACGAAGUAGGACGGUGUUCACGCCCUAUUUGCAAAAUCACCAACUUAUUGGUAGUCAUGUGUUGUCCUUGUGACCGUUUCUGUUCCACCUUCGACGGUCGGCUCUUCUGGAAUGAAUUCCACGAAAUGGUUAUGUAAAGGUCCCUGGAUCAUAUGAUAGAAUCCGUGCAUUCGAAGUCAUUGGGGAGGACGAUCGUCGU